UGGUGUUCAAGCAACAUGGUGGAAAUGUGAUGUUUUAGUAGCCACAUAUUUACACAACAAAACGAUUUAGAAAUCGUAUCGACGAAGUCUUUUGCUCCAAAACUGUUGAAAACAGACUGAAAUACAUGGAUUAAUUUAUUGUACAAAUGCAGCUUUCUUUUUGGCUAAACUAAUGUAUAAAAACCGUCACCUGAAAUGUCCAAACCCACAGUAGCAUCACUUCAUCAAGCGCUGAGGAAAAGCUUCAAGAGUUUGGAAAACAAUCAGAAAGUAUGGAAGAGUGCGUUGGUCGAGUGCAGCCCUCUGAUGGAGUCUCUCGGGAAUUUGGCAGAGCAGUCCAGAGCGCUUUCAAACGUCCAAAUCUCCAACACACCGCUCAGAGACUUUCCUGACCUGGAGGAUCGGCUGCGUUUCAAACUCUUACAAGCAACGGACACCGUACUGGGCAAACUCAACGAGAAGAUGUCUUCUCUCCAGUCUGCCCGAGAUGCCAUCAGUAACCAGGUCUCUGCAGUCCUCCAGCUGUACGAGCAAAACACAGACAGCCUGGAUGUACUCACUGUAACUGAGCGCUCGGCCACCACCCCAUCUAUCGCUGACAUGCUGGAGUGGCUGCAGGAUGCCGAGCGUCACUAUCGGCAACAAUUUCUGAGGAGGAAAACUCUGCUUCAGAUGCUGAGAGCAGACAAUCUCUCCCUUUUGGAAUCUGCUCCCAAGAGAUGGAAAACCUUGGAGUCUCCCAGUGCAGAAGACUGCAUCACAGAUACACUUUACAAAGUGUCCUUCUUCAUGGAGUCCCAAUGAAGAGACUGCAAAGUAACAUAAGUGAAACUCAGACCAUGAAGAGGCUGGAAGAGAAGAACCGGAUGAGAAAAACUAAACUAGCAUCACUGAAACUAAACUGACUAAACAUAUGUGUGUACAUUGGAUGGAUGCUUUUGAUGCUAGGGUGAGGACUGGAUUCUUAUCUGGUCAGAUAAAAACUGUUCGUGGAUGGGACAUAUCUACAUUCACCAGACUGUAUGUACAAAUAUGUAAUACAAGAUAAAGAGGAGGAUUUCCACAUAUCUAAGUAAACCUCUGUCCACAAAAGGA